CUCUCUCCUCUCGCUGGGCUCGCUCUGCUUGGGUCGACCUGGCCCGCUCGCUCUUUCGCACCGACGAUGGAGCCGGCGGCUGGUGGACUCCGGCUUGGGCGCCUGCUGGGCUCCUUCGCCCUCCUCCGCGCCCUCUUCUUCCUGUGGCAAGCAGUUCCUCGGGCGGCAGCAGAUGGCUUUGUGGAUGUGCUCCAGGCGUUUGGUGUGCAAGAGGGCAAGAAUGGUGUCUCCAUUGCUGCCGGGAUCUGCACUCAGAGGAAUGGAUCUGAAGAAAGUGACCUGGCCUUCCGCCUGGAGAACCAGACACAUUUCAGUGUCCCCACUAAACAGCUCUUUCCUGAUGGAUCCUUCCCAGUGGACUUCUCAGUACUGGCUACGCUGCGAGCACUCAAAGGGAGCCAGUCCUUCCUACUUUCUGUGUAUGAUGUGCGGGGUGUCCAACAGCUAGGUGUAGAGAUUGGGCGCUCUCCAGUCUUUUUAUAUGAAGACCAACUUGGACAACCAGCACCUGAGGAUUACCCUCACUUCCGACGAGUCAACUUGGCUGAUGGCAAGUGGCAUCGCAUUGCUUUGAGUGUGGAAGGUGAAAAUGUGUCUUUAAGUGUGGACUGUGAGGACCCUCUCAUCUUGCCCCUGAAACGAAGUAAACAGCCUGUUGUCAGUAUCGAGGGAAUUACUUUGCUUGGGGCUCGGCGGCCAGAUGAAGACGUUUUUGAGGGCGAUUUGCAGCAAUUGCUAAUUGUGUCAGAUCCAGCAGCUGCGGCACACUACUGCCAACAUUAUAUGCCUGAUUGUGACAAGCAACUCACCUAUAGACUGCACACCCAGGAUUCAGAAGAGAACAUUCCACGCAGGAAGGGUAAGAAGGGCAAGGGAAAAGGAAGGGGCAAGGGCAAGAAGAGAGGCAGAGGCAAGAAGAAGAGGAACAAGGAGUCACCUGAGCUAUCCUCGCUCACCCCAGCCCCAGGCCAGUAUGAUGCUCCAACUCCAGCUACCCCUGCAUCUGAGUUCUGGGAAGACAAUCCUGAUGGGGGGCCUGGAGUCCUUGCCACGGUCACAGUCAACCUGAACUUCACUGACAACUAUGAGGACCUUCGUGGUGAGGAGUAUGUGAUCAGUGAAGACACUGAACUAGAAUCCAAUGGCACUUAUAGAGAAUAUGAUGAGAGACUCGACUACCGAAUGAGAGACUAUGAGGAUUAUUAUGACCACAAUGAUGACAGCAGGGAAGAUGGACGAUAUGACCCAGCAGAGCGUUCGGAAGGGACUCUGCAGCUUCCCAAGGAAACCAACCUCAAAGGAGAGAAAGGGGAGCCAGCCAUCAUUGAGCCUGGCAGCCGUUUUGAAGGGCCAGCUGGAUACCGAGGUCCACAGGGUGAGAUGGGCCCAAUGGGACAGGGAGGACCGCCAGGGUUUCCAGGAGAUCCUGGUGAACAGGGACCACCAGGCCUCCCAGGCCUCCCAGGGGCUGACGGCAUCCGUGGACCUCCAGGAACUAUGAUUAUGUUACCAUUCCAAUUUGGUGGUGAUUCAGUGAAAGGCCCUUUGGUGUCCUUCCAGGAAGCCCAGGCCCAAGCUAUUUUGCAGCAAGCGAAGCUUGCCAUGAAGGGUCCUCCUGGUUCAAUGGGCCUUACGGGUCGGCCAGGACCACUGGGUCUUCCAGGGAAUUCAGGAUUAAAAGGAGACGGAGGUGACCCAGGACCACAGGGUCCCCCUGGAAUACAGGGACCAAUUGGGCCAUCGGGGAAACGUGGAAAGAGGGGUCGCUCAGGAGCAGACGGUGGCAGAGGACUUCCAGGAGAAACUGGACCCAAGGGUGACAGGGGCUUUGAUGGGCUCCCAGGACUUCCUGGAGAGAAGGGAAAUCGUGGAGAAGUAGGGAAACCAGGUUCACCUGGAGCUCCUGGUGAAAAUGGUGCUAAGGGCUCUGAUGGUAUACAAGGCCCCAGAGGACAGCCUGGAGAAGCCGGCAUGCGUGGCUUGACUGGUUCCCGAGGUGCUCCUGGGGCUCCAGGCCCACCGGGUGCUAAUGGAAUUGAUGGAGCCAUGGGACAAAAAGGCAAUUUGGGCAUUCAGGGUGAACCAGGACCACCUGGGCAGCAAGGAAACCCUGGACCUCAGGGUUUGCCUGGUCCUCAAGGUCAUGUUGGACUUCCGGGUGAAAAAGGUCCACCAGGAAAACCAGGGAUACCAGGGCUAGCUGGUAUGGAUGGGCCUCCGGGUCAUCCAGGAAGAGAAGGACCAGCUGGGGAGAAAGGAGUCCAGGGUCCAUCUGGUGCGGCAGGACCAAUAGGCUACCCAGGUCCCCGAGGAGUCAAGGGGGCUUUUGGAGUGAGGGGUCUGAAAGGCAGCAAAGGUGAGAAGGGUGAAGAUGGAUUUCCUGGCUUCAAGGGUGACAUGGGGCCAAAAGGUGAUCGGGGUGAUGCUGGCCCAUUGGGUGUACGUGGUGAGGAUGGCCCUGAAGGACUGAAAGGCCAAGCAGGACCAUUAGGUGAAGCAGGUUCUCCUGGCCUAGCUGGGGAAAAGGGCAAAUUGGGAGUGCCAGGCCUCCCCGGCUACCCUGGCCGCCAAGGACCUAAGGGCUCAACUGGAUUUCCUGGACCUCUAGGCCUCAUUGGAGAAAAGGGCAAACGAGGCAAAGCUGGCCAAGCUGGGCAGACUGGACAACGUGGUCCUUCGGGACCUCCAGGUGAGCGGGGUUUGCCAGGAUCCACAGGAAAACCAGGACCAAAGGGCGAUUCUGGCCAUGAUGGGGCCCCCGGAAUUGGAGGGGAAAAGGGCCCUCCUGGACCACAAGGCCCCAAUGGAUUUCCAGGACCUAAAGGGCCACCUGGUCCUGCUGGGAAGGAUGGUUUACCUGGACAUCCAGGCCAGCGUGGUGAGCCAGGAUUUCAUGGCAAAACUGGACCUCCGGGGCCUAUUGGUGUCGUGGGACCACAGGGAAACUCAGGAGAAACUGGACCCACAGGAGAGAGAGGCCACCCAGGCUCCCCUGGUCCACCUGGUGAACAUGGCUUGCCAGGUGCUGCUGGCAGGGAAGGUGCCAAGGGUGACCCUGGACCUAGUGGUCUCCCAGGCAAGGAUGGUCCACCUGGGAUGAAAGGCUUCACUGGGGCUCGAGGUCCUGCUGGAGAGGCUGGACCAACUGGAUUGAAAGGAGCUGAAGGACCACUCGGUCCCCAGGGCUCCAUAGGUCCUCCCGGUGAGCGUGGCCCCUCUGGAGCAGCUGGGGGCAUUGGACUGCCAGGGCGAGGGGGGAGCCAAGGUCCUCCUGGCCCUGCAGGGGAGAAGGGGGCACCGGGUGAGCGAGGCCCAAUAGGCCCAGCUGGACAUGAUGGAGUCCUAGGGCCAGUGGGGCUGCCAGGCCCACCUGGGCCACCAGGACUCUCUGGAGAAGAUGGGGACAAGGGAGAGAUGGGUGGUCCUGGACAGAAGGGAAGCAAGGGAGAUAAAGGUGACUCGGGUCCACCAGGACCUACUGGGAUCCAAGGUCCUAUUGGACAUCCAGGUCCUGCGGGCGCUGAUGGGGAGUCUGGACGUCGAGGGCAACAGGGCAUGUAUGGUCAAAAAGGAGAUGAAGGAUCCCGCGGAUUCCCAGGUGUCAGUGGUCCACCUGGUUUACAGGGAAUGCCAGGCCUUCCAGGUGAGAAGGGCGAGAGUGGUGAUGUUGGCCCAAUGGGCCCACCAGGAGCUCAUGGGCCCCGAGGUCCACAAGGUCCCAGUGGUGGGGAUGGCCCUCCAGGUCAACCUGGUGGAGUGGGACAGCCAGGUCCUGUUGGUGAAAAGGGUGAAGCAGGUGAAGCAGGGGAUCCUGGACCUUCAGGGGAACCAGGCCGUACAGGUGGGAAGGGUGACACAGGUGAAAAAGGAGAUUCUGGACAAUCAGGAGCUGCUGGACCCCCUGGCAAAAAAGGUCCUCCAGGAGAAGAUGGAGCCAAAGGGAAUCUGGGCCCAAUAGGAUUCCCCGGUGACCCGGGACCAUCUGGAGAAGCUGGCCCUCCUGGUAUUGAUGGAGUUCCUGGUGAAAAAGGUGACAUGGGAGACCCCGGACUUCCUGGACCUCCUGGAGCUUCAGGGGAGCCAGGUCCUCCUGGAUCACCAGGGAAAAGGGGACCACUUGGGCCAGCUGGUCGUGAGGGUCGACAGGGUGAGAAAGGAGCCAAGGGAGAACCUGGUACAGAUGGGCCUCCAGGAAAAAUGGGUCCUAUGGGUCCACAGGGACCUCCUGGUCGUCCUGGCUCAGAAGGUCUGCGUGGGAUUCCUGGCCCAGCAGGUGAACAAGGUCUACUGGGCGCACCUGGUCAGGCCGGGCCUCCAGGUCCAAUGGGUCCAACUGGUCUCCCAGGCCUCAAGGGUGAUCCAGGCUACAAGGGCGAGAAGGGUCAUGCAGGACUCAUUGGGUUGAUUGGCCCCCCAGGUGAGAUGGGUGAGAAAGGUGACCAGGGGCUGCCAGGGAACCAGGGAACACCAGGCCCUAAAGGCGACCCUGGAGUUCUUGGACCUCUUGGCCCCCCAGGCCCACCUGGCUCUCCUGGGCUCUUGGGACCUCAGGGACAAAAAGGCAACAAGGGUGCACCAGGACCUAUUGGACUAAAAGGUGAUCUGGGACCAGCAGGCUCCCCAGGACCACCAGGCCGCCCUGCUCAGCUGCAGGAUCCAAUGCCACUGGAAAGUAGUAGGAAGAACCGUCGUGACUGGGAGCUCAGGGAGCAAGGAGAUGCUCCUGGGACAGUGGAUGUAGACCCUGAUGCGGAUGGCCUGGCAGAGGUUCUGGCAGUGCUGAGCUCCCUUCGUGAUGAGGUGGAGCAAAUGCGAUGUCCCCUGGGCACUCCAGAGAGCCCUGCCCGUGUCUGCAAAGAGCUCCAGUUUUGCCAUCCCCACCUCACUGAUGGUGAGUACUGGAUUGAUCCUAACCAAGGUUGCAGCCGAGAUGCCUUCAGAGUUUUCUGCAACUUCACGGCUGGUGGAGAAACCUGUGUGUUUCCUGACAAGAAAUUUGAAACUGUACGACUUGCUGCUUGGAACAAGGAGCAACCAGGAAACUGGUACAGCACAUUCAAGAGGGGCAAGAAGUUCUCCUAUAUAGAUGCAGAUGGUAAUCCCAUUCAGGUCACCCAGCUUACGUUUCUGCGCCUGCUUAGUGCCAUCGCCCACCAGAACUUUACCCUCCUCUGCCAAAAUGCAGCUGCCUGGUAUGAGGCUGACACAAGCAGUCACAAUUGGGCCUUGCGAUUUCUUGCCUUCAAUGGUGUAGAGUUGAUGCACAACAGCACCGAAGCUCCUAUCCGUGCCUUGUAUGAUGGCUGUCAGGUGCGAAAGGGCCAGGAGCGGACAGUCCUACAAGUUCUGACAUCCCGUGUGGAGCAGCUACCGUUGGCUGAUGUGGCUGUUCAAGAUUUUGGGGACACCAACCAGAAGUUUGGCUUUGAGCUUGGACCUGUCUGCUUUGGUGGCUGAUCCCUCCAGAGCCGAACAGCUCCCUCAAAACUGUGGGACCACUCCUGAGAAAUUGAGGGAGCUCCAAGUCCCCUCACCCAACUCCUGGGAAAUGGGGAGCAGAAAAGGAGCCAGUCCUGCAAAGACCUGCCGUUGUAUUUAACCAGAUGACAGCUUUCUAUUUAUGCGGCCAAGGUCCCCUCAGGGCCGUGACUCUUGGGGAGCAGCACAGAGCCCAGACUGAGCCAGGGCCCUCAUUUUCUGCGGACCCAACAAAUGGUGCUACUACACCGUCUUAGUAAAGCACUGGACUUACGCCCCGGCAUUGGCCACCUGCAAGUAUGAGGAUAAAGGAGACCACACCACACCCUGCUAUCCUCUCCCAUCCUCGUGCCCUUCAUCUCUGUGUCCUCAAAAAGGCACAUGGGCAUCAAGAAAACAUGAAAAUUAAGAGUUCAGGCUCAUUCUGUUGGUACAAUCACCCACAAAUGGACAUGUGCACAGGGAUUGGAUGGGAGAGAUUGAGGAGGAAUACUGUAGCUUUCAAGCUAGGGGGGAACCACAAAAGAGUGGGAUUCUGUUGAAAACUGAGAAUGGGAGAAUCCACUAAAGCAAGGCUUAUCUCAGCAUGAGAAAUGGUAUCCAACUUAUCUAGGUAGGAUAGAUCCUCAUAAGUUUUUCAAAGGAAUGAGAGAGUGGGUUGAUGUCUCUCCUGGUCAACAAGACUCAGCCCAUUCCAUCUCUUUUUAUUCAAUACAAAAUCCCAACUGUGAUCCCACAGUCCUUUUUAUGCUGAUAUGAAGUGCUCUCCAGCUCCUGACUACUUUUCUGUAUUAUUCCGUCCAUGAUGGGCAGAGAAUAAGGUUUUUGAGUUUGGCUCCCCAGGUCGUCUUACCCUCGUCACAUGCCUGUAGUAAGUGGCCAAUGCUCUGGACAUUUCUGUUCCUCUGUAGACAGAAGUUUAUAUGGUGCAGAUUGAUUCCCAGUUAUCCAAGAAUCUGUAUGCCUCCUUGGGUUCCCAUUGCCCAAUCCUCUUAAAAGUGUAUGCAAGACAGAGGCCUGAAUCCAAUGCCUCACCUUUGGUGCUGUCUCAUGUUCAUCCCUUAGCACUGACCUUUCUUCACAUUCUGGUGCUAUAAAUGCCUCUAUGUUUAUGCUUUCUCCCUUGUAUCUCAGGCUGUGGUGCCAAUCGGGUAUGUGUGUGUAUGGUUGUUGUGUUGAGUGUGUGUUAUUUUAUCAUCUUUUAACAAUCUGCAUUAAAUCCCUGAAUGUA